AUGGAGAAGAUUAUUAUAGCUAUCACCUAUGGAAUAUGGUACGCUAGAAACAUGCUAGUUUUUCAGAAUAAGUACUUACCUCCUCAAGACAUCGGCUCCACUGCGUUGAACCAGAUACAGGAAUACCAGCUCCAUGGCUUUGAGCAGCAAAUCCAAAAUCCUUGCGUGAGAACAAAAGAUUGCAAUAACGAUAUAAGCUGGAGUCCACCACCUAGGGGCACCCUGAAGAUCAAUGUGGAUGCUCACCUAAGCAGUGAUGGCCAUUGGUUAACAGGGAUGGUUCUAAGGAGGUCGGAUGGGAGCGCCAUCGGAGUUGCAACUAGGGCUCACAAAGGGAAUGCGGAUGUAAUAACAGGCGAAGCUUUUGGGCUAAUGGAUGCAAUUGAAUGGAUCGAAAGGAUGGGAGAAAGGAAGGUGAUAUUUGAACUUGACGCGCAAAUUGUGGUGAACACUGUUAAAGAAAAGAGUGUGAUUCGCAGGAGCUGGGGAUGUAUCACUCGGCGCUGCAAAACCUUCCUUCAAAACAACCCUAAUUCGUCGAUAGAAUGGGUACCAAGGGUGAAGAAUCGAACUGCUCAUGAAAUUGCAAUUUGGGCCGAAUCAGAACCCAACAAGGAAUGGAUUGAUAACAUCCCACCAUGUAUUCUGCCCUUUAUCCAAAAAGAUAAAGGCAAUAUUACUCCUGUUUCAGUUUUUGAUUAA